UAAGCACAGUACGAACGGGUACAAACUUAGUACAAUCGAUGGAAUUAGUUCAUUUUACGAAAAGCAAUUACCGUUUGGCUGUCUACCUCAUCGUAGUUAGGGGGUAGUAGUGGUCGAACAGCCGAUUGAGAGGAGCCUUGACGUCAGUUUGGAACGAUAAACGAGUUUGUUGAUGACCGGACUCUAAUAUGGAAAUUGAAUUGUAUUUUAUUUUACUCAUUCCACUGUUUUCGGCACUUGUGGGGAUAUUAUGUCUGAGAAAAAAGGGGAACACGAAGAGUGUUUGCAUUGUUGUCCUGGGAGAUAUCGGAAGGAGUCCCAGAAUGCAGUAUCAUGGCAUUUCCUUCUUGAAGGAAGGAUUCAAUGUUGACAUCGUUGGUUAUGCCGGAUCACAACCGUUGGAGGAUCUUCAGAAGCAUCAGAAUGUGAGAAUUAGGUACCUGAAACCAGUGCCGAUGUGGAAUGAUCGGUUACCCAAAUUAUUGUCAUACAUAUUCAAAACACUUUGGCAGAGUGCAACCCUCAUCUUCGAGCUUUUCAAAAAUGUCCGGUCGAGGUACCUGAUGAUUCAGAAUCCUCCAGCAAUUCCCACAAUUCCCAUCUGCUGGCUAUUUUGUCGAUUAAGCGCCACUCGUUUUGUGAUCGAUUGGCAUAAUUACGCUCAUACAAUUAUGGCGUUAUCAAUUGGGCAAGAGAAUUUCCUCGUCAAAAUAACGAUGUUUAUCGAGGGCUUCUUUGGUGCUAGAGCCGAUCACAAUUAUUGUGUUACGAAAGCUAUGAAGGAAGAUCUCAAGCAGAAGUGGAAAAUAACAGCCACGGUUCUGUACGAUCGACCUCCUGAGGAAUUCAAGUCUAUUGACUUGAUAGGGAAGCAUAAUUUGCUGAUUAAACUGGGUAAAAAAUAUGAGACGUUUAGAGGGAAAGAGGAAGGAACUACUGUUUUAACUGAGGUGACACCUUCUGAAGAGAUCAGACUGAGGAGAAAUAGACCAGCGCUCGUUGUUUCCAGCACCAGCUGGACUGAGGAUGAAGACUUUUCGAUUUUGUUUCAAGCACUAGCAGAGUACGAAAUUGCCUGUUGCUCCGACAAUUCAAAUUUACCAGAUAUGAUCUGUGUCAUCACUGGUAAAGGCCCUCUCAAAACAUUCUGGGAUGCAAUAAUAGAUUUGAGAAAGUGGAAGCACGUGAGAAUCGUCACUCCUUGGUUGGAGAAUAAGGAUUACCCCAAGUUAUUAGCUAGUGCUGAUCUAGGUGUAUGUCUUCACACAUCUUCCAGUGGCCUCGAUUUACCAAUGAAGGUCGUGGAUAUGUUUGGUUGUGGCCUGCCAGUAUGUGCUUACAAUUACAAAUGUUUGAAUGAACUCGUUAAGCAUGAGGAGAACAGCCUCGUUUUUACUGACUACGAUGAUCUUUCUCAACAACUAAUCUACUGGUUCACUAAAUUUCCAAACCACAUUGAACAACUCGAGAGAGAAUCUAAAUUCCGAAACGAACUGAAAUCAUUUCAACAGAUGAGAUGGCACGGUAAUUGGUCGACGUUGUUUGUAAAUGAACGUCCUAUCAUUGGAAUUUUAACCCAAGAGCUCAGCUACCGUAUGGCUAAGAUCUACGGUGAUGAAAAAUUCGACAGUUAUCUAGCUGCCUCGUACGUUAAAUACGUAGAAAGUGCUGGGGCACGUGCCGUUCCAAUAUGGAUUGGCCAGCCAACCUCAUAUUAUGAAGCCAUGCUUAACAGCAUCAAUGGAAUUCUUCUUCCCGGCGGGAGUUCCAACUUCGGUAUACCUGGGGGAUAUUCGGAAGCAGGUCAGAUAAUUUACAGAAUCGCCACCGAGAUGAAUGAUCAUGAUGAUUAUUUUCCAAUAUGGGGCACGUGUUUAGGUUUUGAAUUACUGACCUACCUCGCCGCUAAAGGCACCGACCAACGAACUAACUGUUCGAGUAGUAAUCAAAUAUUGCCAUUGAUUUUCAAACCCGGUUUCAUGGAGAGCCGAAUGUUUGAAAAUGCUCCCAGCGAUGUCAUCGAUAUUCUAAAAAAGGAAAAAGUCACAGCUAAUUUUCAUCGGUACUGCGUAACCGAGGAGGAUUUGGCGAGGGCGGGCCUGACGAGCUCGAUCCGAGUUUUGUCGGUAAACCGAGACUGGAACGGGUUAGAAUUUGUCUCGUCACUGGAACAUGUGAGCUACCCAUUUUAUGGAGUUCAGUUUCAUCCUGAGAAGAAUAUGUAUGAAUGGCUGUCGAGACUCACAAUUCCUCACGGGAGGAAUGCCAUUCGGGUCAGUCAGUAUUUUGCUGAUUUUUUGGUGGCUGAAGCGCGAAAAAGUCAGCACCGUUUUCAAUCACUCGAGGAGGAAAGUAAACACCUCAUUUAUAAUUACAUUCCUGAAUACACGGGUCUUCAGCCGAAAUCCUCAUUCGAGCAGAUUUAUUUAUUCAAGAAGAAGCCGCACGGAACCAACAACACGCGCAUUCAUUAGUCAACUAAAUUUUUCUGUGAUAAUAUUCUUGACAAUUCGUCACAACUCUGAUUAUUCGAUUAGAUAAUUAUAACUUCGGAGUUACUAUCGCUGAUAUUAUCAGCUGCCUAACGUACCGCUUUUAUUCUGUAAGAUUUAUUAUUUUCAGAGAUUAUCUAUUGACACAUAGACUUGCGUAAAUAGAACUUACGAAUAAGCGGAGGAGACCAUAAAAAGUUUGGAAUAAAAUUCAUAUUGUGAUAUCGGGA